AAAUGUUAUUUAAUCCGCUGUUUCAUUCGGCUCCCGGAGUUACAAGCCACGGCAGCCUAAGACGUUAUUCGCCCGUCCUCGCGAGUAACUACGACUAAACCGCAGCGUAGUGACACUCGGUGUCCGCAGAAAGGAAGAGCUUCUCGUGGCAAAUUUGACCUGACGCUCGAGGUUUGAGAGAACGGUGUCGGACGAGGUGAGCGGCCGAUCAGCGACGUCGGUUUGCCGUCGGUUCCGUUGAACCAGUGGGGCUGUGGGUGUCCCCGUGUUGACCCGUACCGACUGAUGCCGGAGGAAUUUUUACGCCAAACUGCGUUCAAAAUCUGGUCAAAAAUCAGCUCGUCUGUCGGCAAGGGCUCGUACCUAAUGUUAAAUGCCCCAAGGCCUUGUCUCAAACACACGUUUUAAACCUGGACUGGAGAAGCGAGAGCCUUCUUAUGUGAUGAAACAGGGAAUGGUUGACUCUUUACCCAACCACCAGAGGAACUGAAGUGAAACUGAGGGAUCAACUCUAAGGAACCUCAGCAGAUGUAACCACUACUGAACUCUGCUGUGAAAAGAGGAACUUCUUGGUUUCUCACUUCUUUUAAAUAAGGGAUGGCGUGGAGGAGUUCAGGGCAGUAACUGGAUCUGCAGUCGUUUGUCGAGUCACCGUUCCAUUUGGCUGUCAGAGCAGCAACGGCAAAACGCCAAAUCCCUCCAUCAUGGAGCCUUAGAUGAGUCACUGUCAGGGUUUAGAUCCGUAGACCUCUGUGAAGACCUUACGUUCAGUGUUGGACUGCAUCCAAAGGAGAAAGGAGUGUCCACACUGCACUGACAGAACUGUGGAUGUCAAAAGUGAUGAGUCGCCACAAGUUGGAAAUCCCCUGAAGGAGUUUCAUAGGGUGGAUCUGGAACUAAGGUGGAACUAAGUGGCCGCUCUGAGCCGUCAAGCAUGACUCAUAGAUGCAGAGCUCUCAAGAAAUGUUCCAUAUUCUGCCGGCUGCUGUGGUUUCACUUCGAAACCAAAGAGAAUGAUGUGAACAUUUGAACUGAAACUCAAGGAUUAACCACAACUACAAAGUGCAGAACUUCAACUGGAAAUGUUCUCUUAUUGGCACGAGAAUGCCUGUGAUUUUUGGACAAACUCUUGUGCUACUUUGAGCUCGUAGCAUUGGGAGGUGGAGAAAACAAACACUGUGGAGAGCAGGAAUAUCACCUCCUCCUAUGAAACUGAUUUUACUUGGAAAUUUAGUAAGAGGCCACCCAAAUGGCGGGGAAAGACUACAAUCAUCUCUUUAAACUGCUCAUCAUUGGAGACUCCAAUGUGGGGAAAAGCAGCCUUCUGCUCCGCUUUGCCGACAAUUCCUUCUCUGGCAGCUACAUCACCACCAUUGGUGUUGACUUUAAGAUCCGAACAGUAGACAUUGAAGGAGAGCGAGUGAAGCUUCAGAUCUGGGACACAGCGGGACAGGAGAGAUUCAGAACCAUCACGUCAACAUACUACAGAAAUACCCAUGGUGUCAUUAUUGUUUACGAUGUGACCAAUCCAGAGUCGUUUGUGAAUGUUAAGAGGUGGUUAAAUGAAAUCUCCCAGAACUGUGACAACGUCUGCAAGAUCCUUGUGGGAAACAAGAACGACGACCCCGCCAGGAAACAUGUGGAUACCCAGGAUGCUGUGCGUUUUGGGGAGUCGGUGGGCGUUCGGGUCUUUGAGACCAGUGCCAAAGAGAACAUAAAUGUAGAAGAGAUGUUCAUGGCCUUCACCCGCAUGGUGCUCCGGGCCAAGAAGCAGAGCCAGAACAGAGCCGAGAGGGAACGAGAACGGGAGAAAGACACUGUCAACAUGAACGCCCAGAGAGACCGAGACCGCAGGAAGAGAGGGAAAAAAUGCUGCUGAGACACAGACGCCAAAGCCGCUCACCGCUUAACACAAAAAGCAAAGACGAUUGGGAAAACUGUGCCUUAGGAGAUAAGUGUUUUGUGUUUCAAAAUGCAGAUAUGAAUGUCAGAAACUGUGUGGUUCACUCUUUACUACGCCAAGUUACAACACAACAGUCUACAGGUUAUACUGCUUCACUGCUGGUUGUUAAAGUAACUGAGGCUGAGGGGUUUGGUCUGUGAGCACUGACUACAUGUAGCAGCCUGGAGGUUACAUGAGUUAAAGGACCAUUCUGGUGUUUUUUCCUUUCUUUUUUUAGCCCAUGUCCUACAAGUCAAAUUUAAAAGCUGAUGUAGUGUUUUAGAUUUUGGAUCUGUUUAUUAAGAAGCCUGAGGACGGAGGAAAUUGUUGGUCAGACAUCUUCUGCACCUAAUAAUUAUUUUUAUUAUCCAUUACUCUGGUGACUGCAUUCUUGAUUAAUACAUUAUUUUUUUUGGUAUAUAAAAUGUCAAUGGUAAUGCCGAACAUCCAAGGUGGUGCCAUCCGAUGCCUCUUUUGUUUGACCGACAGUCCCAACCUGAAGAAUAUUCAGUCUAUUAUAUAAGAAAAAAGGAAAGCAGAAAAUGAGAAGCUAGACUAUAAAAUGUUGGGCACUUUGCCUGAAAAAUGAUUGAGCUUCCAAUUGUAGCUUAGACAUAACGUCUGGCUUGAGACAGUGCAUCAAAGAACAUCAUGCAAAAGUGAAAUGUCUGCAAAACAAACAACGUAACUGAAAAAGUCAGAGCAGGCAUGUUGUAACCCAAGUCAAUGAAGUUGAUUUUUAUAGUGUAGUGAAACAAAUAGAAAACUGCUGCCUGUAAGGUUGAUAAAAUACAUUCAUAAAUCAAAAACACUACCGUCUGCUUUGAAAUAAAGUGGAUGUAACUGUGGUAAAAUAGCUAACAUUCAAAAACACUGGUAUGAUCCUUUAACUUUGCACUAGUGAACCACUGGUAUAUGUCAAUUUUUUUUUUUUUUUUCUUAAUACAGAACAAGUAUUUUACCACUGAAAGGGAACUGGUUGCUGUUGUUACUAAAUUGUAACCUUGACACACUAACAGGUGUGACGAGUGCAGUCCAACGUAUGUAUGCCUUAUUUCAUUCUAAUGAGGCCAGUAAUCUAAGACUACAGCAUGUACGAGCCCAAAAUGUUCGUCAGUAGUAUGUUGUUUUUUUGUUUUUUUAAAUGUAAAGCUCUGUUGACUAGCAAAUGUGUCCAAUUCCAAAUAAAGCAAUAAAUCCAGAGUUUCUGUUUGUAUCGCAAAACAUUUCCUCAUACAGGCCAGUGCUUCAGGUGGAACAAUAAUUCAUGUUAAUUCAAAGAUUUUCUUAUAAAGAUGAUCAACCUGUCAAGAAACAGCUGAAGUGGCCUCUCUACACUAAUUCAAAAUGUAACACCUACCUUUAUAUCAUGCUUAGGUUUCCAUGGAAGUCGUCUUAUAGUUGGAAAAAUAAUUUUUCUAAACUCA